AUGCCGCAACUCCCGGCUUCGGAUAAGGACCAGCUUAUCGCCAGGAUCAACGAUGGUUCCUUUACAUUGGCUGAUCUCAGCAUCGAUCGAUGCCCCGAACUUGAGACCGGAGUGGUCUCGCAGGAAGCUCUAAAUCGAGUCUACGCGCGAAUGGUGGGCGAAGUCUUCAAAACUUUUCAUUUAGACAAGGAAGAAGCCAUGAUCUGCUUCAGAAAAUGCGUCAAGGAGCUUGCUCGCGGCGUACCUCUACAGGCAACAAGCCUGGGCGAGUACAAGAGAUGGAAGAAAGUCAAGAAACAUCUCGAUGUCGCCAUGGAGCUACAGUCCCAGACUGGGCAUCCUGCUUGUAUCCCAGCACCACAUCUCGUCUCUGUCAUUGCGCUUCUUACCAUCCGCCGCGUGCGAAUGAACACUGAGGGAUUCGCUAUAUAA